AUGGUAACUAAUUCAUCAUUCAACGUGACCAUAACUAGAGGCGAGACAGAGUCACCACCGCUAUCGAAUACAUAUUCUGGCAAGACAAAUGUGGACAUCAUGAGAUUAUUAUCCAAAGAAAACCAUAACACCAGGAAGAUGGAACAAGAACGUCAAGGUCGCAAGGCCAUGGAGAUCAAUCAGAAUCAAUUGUUCAAGUCCCACGACAAUUCAUCUGGACGCAACAAGGAUGACAUGGCCAAUCCACCCUGUAAUGAGACUCGCAGUUACUCAAAGAUGAGCACCACCAACGAAUUGAAAGAAAUGAAGGAAAGAAGUACAUAUUCAAGAAAUGACAGUAACGAAACCCCUACUCUUAAGAGUAUCUUCCACUCUGAUGUCCCGUCAUUUGUUGGAUUGUAUUCUCGACCCGAACGGAAGGCAGUUCAUCGAAGAAGACCACAAGUCAAUCACCAGGUGGGACCACAGGAGACGGAACAACAAGAGAUGAACAUGCAAGCAGCCAGUUCUACUUGGAUUUCAGAUGCAGUUCCUUCAAAGGGAUUAGGCAAGAAGCAUCGGGAGAAAGAACUUCAGGUCGCUAUGGCGCCGAAAUCAAUACUGGAUCGCCAUUAUAAAGAAAAAAGGGCUAGACGUGCUGCAGAAUUCAGAUCACUAGAACAUCAUAUCGUCAGCAGAAAAGAUCCCGAGUCAGAAAUUUCUGAGGUUGAGACCAACAAGGGAGACCAACGAUCCCACGUCUUGGCCGGCACACCCACACCAGCACUCAGUGAGCACCAAGCCGCAUUCGAAUUGACAAGAGAAAGAGCGACAGCAGCAAUCAAGAAUAGUCAGAUUGCUAGAGCAGCAGCCACAAAAGUCAUUGUGGAGAGUCAAGCUGUCAGAGCUAGGGUCGAAAAGGCUCUCUUAGAAAGACUUGCCGACAGAUCUCAUGCAGAGAGUGCUGAGAGAGGUGAAUCAUCAAGAGAAAGAAUUACAAAGACUGUGAUUGCUUCUUCGGUUGAUGGUUCUGUUGAGGACAUCCUGGAAAUGGACAAGAACAACAACAAAGAGAUUGCUAAAGAGGCGACUCAAGAAGUUGUUCAAGCUGCAGAACAAGCUUUCGAAAGGGCUGUCCAAUCCCAGGAUAGAAAGGUUCAACUCUCUGCCAGCUCUCCCCAGAUUUCCAACGGUCCCAACAACAAUCCCACCAACACGAUGGAUAUCAACGCGAACAAUACUGAUGGUGAGGCUACCACCAAGGUAUCAAGGUACACAGGGUCUAUGGAUGAAUACAAGAUUGAGUUUGUGACAGAGGCUGAGGAUGAUGCCGAGAACAUGGACUCUGAAGCUGAAGAUGACUGGGUCAAGGUCAUGGAUUACGAUGAGGAUGAGGAUGAGGAUGAGGUUGAAGUUGAAGUUGAAGAAGAUGGUUGGCUCCUUGCAUGA